AUGAAGCAGAUAUAUACUACUAUAUCAUAUCUUUGGAUAUUUGUUGUGGGUGUUGCUGGUAUUCUUCUGGUUGUUCACUUGUUCAGACGUGUUCCAUAUGUGUUAGAAGAAGAUUCGGAUGUGUUCUUUGAAGCAGAUGAGUUUUUUGAAGAAGAUUUGGAUGUGUUCUUUGAAACAAAUGAUUUUCUUGAAGAAGAUUUAGUCGCAGAUAAGCCAGAAGCUUUGGCAUCAGUGUUAGAAGCAAAGGGGACAGUGAGUCAUGUAACAAAAGGUCUCACUACCCAACAGUUUGUUAGUAAGUUCUCUCUAUCAGAAAAGGCUCAAUCAAUGACCGGAACUGGAUGUGUUGUGAUUGAUGGUUUCUAUGAAAAACGUCCCGAUUCUAGUAAGACACAGUGUUCGAACAGAACAAAUUGCAAAUGA